AUGCGACGGGUGCACGGGCACCAAUCCCUCGCGAUCUUCCCUGGAGGUGUCGUUGCGGGCGCGGUGGCGCGAAGCACCGCCCUGUCUCCGUACACCGUCUUUCGUGCAACAUACCUCGUUCGGGCGAGUCCAGGUGCCCGCCCAUCCCGUGCGUAUCACCAGGACCCGGUGCUGCUCGUUCUCGUGAGUGUGGUCCUAAGGCUUUCGAUUUUUCAGGAUCGAGGCCCAGCGGUGAGCGUCACCCGCUCUCCAGGGAGAAUGCGACGGGUGCAGGGGUACCUAUCCUGCACGAUCAUCCCUGGAGGAGUUGCGGGCGCGGCGGUGCGAAGCACCGCCCCAUCUCCGUAUGCCGUGUUUUGUGCAACAUACCUCGUUCUGGCGCGUUCAAGUGCCCGCCUAUCCUGUGUCUAUCACCAUAAGACCGCGCUGCUCGUCAUGGCGAGUGUGGGCCUGAGGCUUCCCAAUUUUCAGGCUCGAGGCCCAGCGGCGAGCGUCACGCAGCCACCAGAGAGAAUGCGACUGGAGCACGGGCAACCAUCCUGCAUGGUCAUCCCUGGAGGAUUCGUUUCGGGCGCCGCGGCGCGAAGCGCCGCCCUGUCUCCGUCCACCAUCUUUCGUGCAACAUACCUCGUUCGGGCGAGUCCAGGUGCCCGCCCAUCCUGUGCGUAUCACCACGACCCGGUGCUGCUCAUUCUCGUGAGUGUGGUCCUGAGGCUUCCAAAUUUUCACGAUCGAGGCCCAGCGGCGAGCGUCACCAGGCCACGAGGGAGAAUGCGACGGGUACAUGGGCACCUAUCCUGCACGAUCGUCCCUGGAGGAUUCGUUGCAGCCGCGGCGGCGCGAAGCGCCGCCCCAUCUCGUGCCCGCCUAUUCCGUGUCUAUCACCAUAAGACCAUGCUGCUCCUCAUGACGAGCAUGGUCGUGAGGCUUCCAAUUUUUCAGGAUCGAGGCCCAGCGGCGAGCGUCACCCGCUCACCAGGGAGAAUGCGACGGGUGCGCGGGCACAUGUCCUGCACGAUCUUCUCUGGAGGUGUCGUUGGGGACGCGGCGGCGCGAAGCGUCGCCCUGUCUCCAUACACCGUCUUUCGUGCAACGUAUCUCGUUCGGGCGAGUCCAGGUGCCCGCCCAUCCCGUGCGUAUCACCACGACCCGGUGCUGGUCGUUCUCGUGAAUGUGGUCCUGUGGCUUCCAAUUUUUCAGGAUCGAGGCCCAGCGGCGAGCGUCACCACGCCUCGAUGGCGGCGCGAAGCGCCGAGUCGCGUCCAGCCGUCAUUGUUUCAUACUGCGCCGCACCUCGCGAAGUUGGUCCUGAAGCCUCCGAAUUUGCGGGACAGAGGCCCAGCGGCGAGCGUCACCGCGCUCGAAGAGGGAACGCAUCGAUUCCACCCUCGUCUCCUGGUGGAUUGUGUGCGUGGUGUGGUGAUCCUGGCCGCGGCGCGUUUCGUCCAGCGCGUGGCCCGGCGGGGCACGUCAUUUGGCCGUGCACCGCCUCCUUCGUGGAUCGUUGUCUGCAGGGGGUCCAUGCACGGAGACGUGUCGCGUGAGUACGCGACGUGUAGCGCCCGCCCAUCGAUGUUGAACGCAUUCGCGGAGGUGGCGCGCGCACGCGGGAGGCCUUGUCGCGAGCGUCGCAUGCCCGCAGUUCAUACGGCCUCGUGCGGCUGGGGAUGUCGAAAGACGGCGGGCAAAGGGCUGAAAUUAUGCAUUUUGCCACCACUGGUACACCCCCGUCUUGUGUCAAUGGCCCGCACCUCGUGGCCGGCACCGCUGGUCCAUUCCAGUGGAGUCUUGCACCACGCGCUACAGGGUGCGCCAACGCGCGUCUUUCGUCGUGCAUCCUCCAAACGCGUUCUCCGUCGGAGGAGGGGGCUCGAAUUUGCCCUCCGCGCGCGUUCUGGGGCGUGUCCUGCGCGUGAAAGACCGUGGACACAGCACACUGCGAGUCAACCCGCUCGCGAUCGUCGAUCAAUAGGCGCCCGUCUCUUCACCACUCCAUCCACCGCACAACAUGCCCCCGUCGAGACUGUCGACUACGCCCUCGGCCGAGCCUCUUCAUCCCGCGGACGCUCGCUCUCCCGCCACACGGAGCACACCAAGUUCACCCGCUUUGUCACGGACGUCAUCGCAAAGGCGGAGGUCCCCGUCCCCGUGCUGCUCACCACCCUCGUCUACGUCCACCGCGCGAAACCACACAUCCAGAUCGCGCUCGAGCAGUGGGCCUGCGAGCGCGUCUUCCUCGGCGCGCUCAUCGUCGCCAACAAGUAUCUGAACGACUCCACGCUGAAGAACGUGCACUGGGCGCUCUGCACGGGCGUCUUCGGCAAGCGCGACAUCGGGCGGAUCGAGCGCGAGUUUCUGGACGUCCUUGACUUCGAGCUCGGCGUCUCCGAGGCCGAUCUCCUCGCCCACCAUUCCGCCCUCGUCGGCGCGCACCCUCACCACCAUCACCACCACCACCAUAUCCGAGUCCGGGAGCCGUCUCGCUCGAGGUGGAGCGACAACAGCUCCGAGACGGACGUCGACAUGGACUCGGAAUCCAGCUUCGAGACGUCCUCGGGCCCGCGGACGCCCGCACACGCGCACGUCGCGGUCUACCCCGUCAAGGCGUCGCUGUCACACUCGCCCUCGCCCUCGCAUCCACAGCGCGACGCGGUGCAGAUACACCCGCAAGUGUCGACCGCGCUGAGCCUCUUCCACGGGCUUCCCCUUCCGAGCUUCUCAUUACCACGGGCAAAGUCGAUGUUCUCGCAUUCGACGGCGGUGUCGAGACCUGGACCAGCGGCGACAGGCUGCCGGCCACAUCAGUCGUUCGGGACUCGGCCAAUAACAACGCAGGUGAUGGCGUAG